AUGCCUGAAGACUGGAGGAUAGCCAGUGCCACUCCAGUCUUUAAAAAGGGCAAGAAGGCAGAUCUGGGAGACUACAGUUGGGUGACGGCGGACCACCAGUACUACCUGUCCCUGUGGGAGUCCUGCCGCAAGCCCGGCAACUUGGAGAGCUGGCUCUGCGAGUCCACGCUGCACAGCGACUGGCAGAUAGCUACUCUUGCUCUGCUGUUGGGUGGUGCUGCCAUCAUUCUCAUAGCUUUCCUGGUUGGCCUGAUCUCUAUCUGUGUGGGAUCUCGGAGACGAUUCUACAGACCAGUUGCAGUCAUGCUCUUUGCUGCAGUUGUUCUUCAGGUGUGCAGCUUAGUCCUCUACCCAAUCAAGUUCAUCGAAACAGUCAGCUUGAAAAUAUACCAUGAGUUCAACUGGGGCUAUGGCCUGGCUUGGGGUGCAACUAUAUUUUCAUUUGGGGGUGCCAUUCUUUAUUGUCUGAACCCUAAGAACUAUGAAGACUAUUACUAGAAUCAUUUAAUGAAAAGAAAAAUACCAGAAGGAUUACCCCCAUCUUUUCUAACUCACUGUUUUUUUAGAACACUUGUGGAGCACCAGUCUGCUCUGUUGAUAAAAUAGCCUUUGCCUUUUGGGUGUGAACACUGUAACCAGCUUUUACAACCAUUUAGAAGAACUGCAAACACUAGGAUUGCUGAUCUUACGUAGGCAGAUGCUGCAAGCUGCUGAUACAUAAGCUUUGUUUUUCCUGACAACAAGCGAAGGAUCUACAUGACAGCGAUCAUUGUGAGAAAUGUAGUUGGAAUGUGAAUGCAAGGCCAGCAUCUGCUUUUGCCUUCAGGGGUGCAGCUGGUGUAGGCUCCAUUUAGAAGUUUCCCUGUAUCAUAGAGGAUUCAAAUGUCUGAUAAGCAGGCAAUGGCAUCUUGUACAAUAGGCUGUGUUGGCCUCUUGUUGCUUGCUCGGAAAAGCUCUUAAGGAAUUAGUUGCGAGUGACUGUGUCGAGGGCAGUGAAUGUAACUGGUUAAUGGCUUGUCUAAUAUCUGCAUUCAGCAGUCUUCUGGGAGAAGUAAAACAACUACACAGACAGAGGAUUUCAGGAAUUGACAUCACCGUGCCAGCUGUAGCAGAUUGUUGAAGGAAGUCCAAACCCGGAGACAUGUGCUUCUGACUGUGUGGUUGGAAGUUGUCUCAAUUCUUGAGUGUUUUUUUUUUUGGGGGGGGAGGGGGAAGAUAAGGAGGAGAACAAAAAGACCUUAUAUGUCCCUAAGACAUCUGAAAUGCAUGAAUGAAUUGCAGUUUUCCUAAGUACUCAUUUAACUUUUGAACAGCAUUAUGAAAAAAUGCAUAUGGAACAAGUUUGAUUAUAUUUUUGGAAGGUAUUAGUAUAAGUGAGUAUGUGUAAUACAUAUAUAAAUGCAGAGGAAGAAAGAGAAUUAUCUUUAAAUUGUAAUAGGAGCUGUGGUGCAGUGGUUAAAAUACUGACGUUGUACACAUUAUUGGGGGUCUUAGACCAGUACCCACGGUCAUGAUUGGUGUUACAAAAUAAACCUAAAAUGAUUUGUCUUCUGUAUAUGUCCUUGUACAGACUCUGUUGUGGGAAAUGCAUAGAAGUUCACAUCAAUCUAAGGUAGAAGUGGAUGAAAUAACUACUUUCUAUUCCAUAUGUAAUUCUGUACUUAAUAAAAAUUGUACAAAAAAAAAAAAAGGUGUUACAGGGAAGAAAAACUACCAUUUAAAAAAAAAAUCUAGUUAGAUUGCAAGUGUUUCUGAUAAUCAAGAAUAUAGCCAAGGCCCAAUCACUUCCAUAUUAAAAUAUUAGCACUGCAGGAGCUAAUCUCAUGUUUUUAAAGGCUGGGUUUCUAAUAGACUGGCUGAUGAUUGUGUAUCUAAUUACCCUUGCUUGGUAUGCUUCCCACUUAAACAUCCAGAGACUGUACCCACCAAAUGGAACCCAAGUUAAAAUAGAGAGAACUUCUAUGUGAAUUUAAUCCGCAUCACUUUUAUUUUUGUUUACAAUUUCCUUCUUUUCAUAUCUUCAAUUAAUUAUGAACAUAUUUUUAUACAAUUCUAAUCUUUAGAAAUGACUAUUUUUUAAUGGAGAAAUUUAAAGUAUAUUCUAUGUGGGCCUCUGCACAAGCAGAUAUGCUGCUGUUGCUUGUCCACCUCUGCACAAACGGUUUUGCUGGCUCCAGGGAAAAGGCUGCCGAUUGCCUCAAUGUUAAAAAUGCGUUUGCGGUGUUAAUGUUUGUGCCACAGUGCCCAGAGAGCAGGGGAUCUGUAGGGACCGUGCUACCCCAGGACUGCCUCUCGGAAGCUGUUCUCAAAGUGCUGCUGCCGUGUGGAGGUGAUUUUUAAGACGCGGUGCCUCUUGGGAGUUAAGUCUUUACUAUCGCAGCAGAAUAUUCUGUAUCAGCACUCCUUCCUGAACCAGUAGUGAGUAAUUAGAUUAGGCAGAGCAAAACGAUAGCUGCAUUUAGGAGGGAUUGUAUGGCAGUGCCUAAGGAGGAAAAAAAAAGAUGGGAGGGAAAAAUAUGUCCACUUAUUUUGCAGGCACCAGAGAGUAUUCGUAACUCUGCUCUUCCUGAGACUGACUUAAGGCAGAUAAUCAGUAUACAGUAAACUCUAUAUCUUUCUGAACAGCUGUGUAGUUCUGCUGUUACUUAGCAGCACAAAGAAUAUUGUAGAUUGGCGUGGGAGUUAGGCUGACGUAGAGAAGCCCACUGUGAGAAGAUCGCUGUACCUUUCUAGGAGGGCAGGGUUUUGGUGCCAGCGUAGCACAGCACUAUGCCUAUGCUGGCAGGAAGUUACUAUGCUGAACCCGUAUCACAUCUUCUAAUUUACCAGAUAAUUUUUUUAAUAUAGAAUUUGAAUGAAAUCAAACAUCAGCCUUAAGGCACACACAGGUUAAUCGCUAACACUCCUAAAGUCACACAGCUCUUAAUUUGAAUGAUGUUCAGGCAAAA